ACACAGGCUAGCAACAAAAAAUAAAUUACUUGAACUCCAAUCGGACCAGCCGAACACCAUCGAAUCGAACGUACGAAACGAAACGCACGCACUGUUUGUGUUGUGUUUGUGUUCUAUUGUGCGCGGGAGGGGGCUUGUUUUUACCAGCAAGGUCGUUCUUUGUGUCAAAAUUUUGCUUUUGUGAUUGUGACGAAUAAAUUGAUUAUUAGUUUCAAAUAUUACAGUGAUAAUUAUUAUAUUUAUUAACAUUAUUGUGGAUAUUGCAGUGUGUGCAUGUCGACUGUAGAUUUUAGUUGUUAAAACAUCUGUUUUGUUCGAACGUUCCAAUGAGUUUGGGAGCAGGGCAGAGUGCAGAGGGAACAAAUGCAGGAGGAAUCUUUGUACAAUUUAAUCAAGACUGCACGUCCCUGGUAGCAGGCAGUAGUAACGGCUACCACCUGUUCGCGCUCACCCCGGACGAUGGCGUGGAGGAGAUCUACGCAAGCCGCUCCGGGCAGGACACCUGCCUUGUGGAUCGGCUGUUCAGCAGCUCUCUGGUGGCCAUUGUCACAGUGCAGGCUCCCAGGAAGCUGAUAGUGUGCCACUACAAGAAGGGCACGGAGAUCUGCAACUACAGUUACAGUAACACCAUCCUCGCAGUCAAGCUCAAUCGAUCGCGGCUGAUCGUGUGCCUGGAGGAGUCGCUGCACAUCCACAACAUCCGCGACAUGAAGAUCCUGCACACGAUCCGCGACACGCCGCCCAACCCGCGCGGGCUGUGCGCGCUCUCGCCCUGCGUCGACAACUGCUACGUGGCGUACCCCGGCUCCAGCGCCGUGGGCGAGGUGCAGAUCUUCGACGCCGUGCAUCUGAACGCCAAGUGCGUGAUCAGCGCGCACGACAGCGGGCUGGCGGCGCUGGCGUGGUCGCAGUGCGGGCGGCGGCUGGCCACGGCGUCCGAGCGCGGCACCGUGAUCCGCGUGUUCGCGGUGCCCACGCGCGAGCGCCUGUACGAGUUCCGGCGCGGCGUCAAGCGCUGCGUGGCCAUCGCGUGCCUGGCCUUCAGCGCGUGCGGCGCGCUGCUGGCCGCCACGUCCAACACGGAGACCGUGCACGUGUUCCGGCUGGGCGCGGCGCCGGCGCCGGGCGAGGCGGAGGACGGCUGGCUGGGCUGGCUGGCGUCGGCGGCGCGCGCGGGCGCGGGGCUGCUGCCGGCGCACGUGCAGGACGUGCUGGCGCAGGGCCGCGCCGUGGCGGCCGCGCGCCUGCCCGUCACCGGCCACCGCGCCGUCGCCGCCAUCACCAGCUCGCCGCGCGCGCCGCGCCUGCUGGUGGCCACGUCGGCGGGCGUGCUGUACGUGUACGCGCUGCCGGCCGAGGACGGCGCCGACUGCGCGCUGCUGCACGAGCACCAGCUGCUGCGGCCCGACGCCACCGCCGCCGCCGCGCCGCGCUGCUACGCGGGCGCCGUGCGCGGCCCGGACGCGCCGCACACAGAGAGCGCGCGCGCGGAGCAGCUGGGCGCGGCGCUGGAGAGCUCGCCGCCGCGCGGGCCCUUCGACCUGCGCGACCACAAGCACUUCCCGCCCAUGCGCGGCGCCGACGACGACGCGCAGUAGGCAGGCUCGCCGCUCACACCUGCGUUAUCUUUAAGACUAAACAUGUUCAGAUUCACUGUCGCUAGUUCGAAUCAAACCUUUUCAAAUAUGUUCCGCUUUCUUUGACUUAGUUUUUUUAAACACCUGCCAAAUUUUGUGACUUGUGAAAAAGUAACUUCAGUAAGUGAAAUUGAAAAUAUUUCAUUAUUCGCUUCGAAUUUCUUUGAAAACCAAAUUAAAUUUAUGAACCAAACUUACUCCGUAUGAUUGACAGGUGUUUAAAAAGCCUCCCUUAUUCUUAAGUAAAAUCGGAGAAACCAAGAAGACAUUUCAUGUAUAUUGUUACUCCCAGAGCAACGCCGCAGUCUUAACAAUAAAUCUAUCUUAUAUGUAAUUUCAUUUUGUCCACGAACAGUACUGCCACGUUUUUACUCGUCAUUUCUGAGUGGCGGAAGUGUUCUUAAAUAUCGACCUGAGUGUCGGCCACCGGUCCUUCAAGCUCAUAGGGGAAUUGACGCCAUAAGUAACGCGACCUCUUUCUGAAGGACCACCUUUGUGUAGUGUCGUGUGCGAAGUGUCUGUCCUGUAUGAUAUCUGUGCCCACACUAGUAUUGUCUCCAUUCGCAUGCGGCAUCACACAGACGUACUGUUGGUGAUAAUUAGUUAGUUUUCUUUUAUCUUGUAUAAGUACAUGAUUUUGAUUUUUUUAAUGAAUGAAUGGACAUUAUUUUAUUGGAAUGAUAUGAAUUUAUUUACAAUUUAUGUACAACAAAAAAAAAUUAAAAAUAGUAAUAAAUAAUAAAAAUAAAAAGCAUCAUGAAUCAUUAUAAUUGACGUCAUUGCAGAUCAUUACAUUCUUUAGGUAUAUUCUGUUUUUAAUUAGAAUCUGUUGUAUUAGAUAACAUGACACCCGGCGGCGGCGCCGGUCGCCGACUCCGCUGUAACUAGUUUUAUAUUAACUGUACCAAUGGUUUAUUUUCUAAAUUGUAAAAAUGUACAUAAUAUAGUCAUAUAUUACUGAUAUUAAUAUUAAGGGGUUGUAAGACGCGCAGGUUGGAAGCGUGGUUCACGCGAGGCUCCCGUUGGCAGCUGACUGAAAUGAUUCGAAUCGAAUUGCGAUGCAUAAUAGUGUUCCAGACAUUUAUAUAUUAGUAGUAUGUUUUCAAGGAAGUCUCGUUGUGAACCACCACACACUUAUAUCAAGCUGCCCCGCUCCGCUUCACAACACGUCACAUUUUCCGUUUUGAAACAUCUUCGGCCAAUCACGAGCACGCUAAUUCCUGAUUGGCUGAGCUUUCAAAACGUGACAUUCCACAUUCGAACCAUGGUGGAGAGUAACUAGUAAUUAUGAUCUUAAAUCAAUAGAUGUCGUAUUAAGCAAUAGAUGUUGUGACAGUUUCUAGACUUCUUUCAGUGGUUCUGCCACGACGACAUGCUGCACCGUCUAAUACAACAAGGCAUGAAAUCGCGCAAGUUGUGAUUGUAUUUUACUAUCGCAUAGUAACGUUAGGCACGAGAUGCGGCCUUUCAGAAGAAAACUAGUUAAUAAGCUCAUUAAGAAUUGAAUGUGAAAUAGUCAAGACAGAGUUGAAUGUUCUUUCUUAAAUUUAUCGUAAUCAAUGAUAACUCCAGCAAUGGACAGUAUCGGAACUUUCAUCCUCGCAAUAUAUUUUUGUUGCCAAGGAUCAGAAAACCGCUGUUGUAAUUUAUUCU